UGUAUUUCACAAGAUUCAUUUCGGGGAGAAAAAUAAGCCAAGUAAGGGAAGUGAACCCUUUCCUUCGCACUUCAUAAACUGGUCGGAAUUUCUACGGCGGUGCCGGUAGACGAGAGAGUUGAAGGCGUAACACCGUUCGCCGGAAUCGGAGAAAAAUGGGCGCCGGCGAGGAGCACCAACAGGAGCCAUCGCUCGAGAAUGUAAGCGCAGCAUCUUCUAUAUCGGCAAUUGCAGAGGAUUUGCAGCGCACGGUUGUUCAAUCGAAGGAUUCUGCAAUUCGCUCUGCUCGUUCUCUCCAAGAGGCCUCUUCCUCCCAUAUCCGUUCCUUCCAGGAUUUUGUACCCCGAGCAACAUCACAAUUCAAAACUCACGAAGAUGCUUUUUUCCGCAAAGUUAAAGAUGAGUUUAAGAUAGCGAGAGAACACCCAGCUGCUACGAUUGGAGUUGCUGUUACAGCUGGCCUUCUCAUUAUGCGAGGGCCAAGAAGAUUUCUGUUUCGUCAUACGUUGGGUCGAUUUCAAACUGAAGAGGCAAGUUUCUUAAAGGCUGAGAAGCUUGUAAAGGAGUUGAACCUUUCAGUGGACCUGAUGAAGAAGGAGAGCAAAAAACUACUUGAGAGGGCUGCUCUAGCUGAAAAGGAUAUGAAAUACGGCCACAAUGAGCUGAUGAAUGCUGGAAGUCAAAUUCAACAUCUUUCAAGGUCAAUUUACAGGGCUGAAGCCCAAGCUACAGAUUUGAUGGAUGGGCUGCGGGAAAUUUCUGGUAGGGACUCAUUAAAACUUCGAGCAGAGGUAGCUUCGAUGGCAACAAUUUUGAAGCGUCAGAGGACUUUGCUUGAAAAUAGGGCCAUGAAAGUCUCUGACUUGGGGAUUCCCCUAUGAUAAACUGGAAGAUUUGAGGUAUGGAUUAUGUAAUUUGUUCCAUGUUUGCUGAUGCCUUUGACAAUUUUGAUGAUUAAAUAAGUUCCAAAUGCUUGGGUCCGGAUUAAGUUUAUUAGUAAAAAUAGAGUGAUGAAAUCCCUGUUGGAAUCUUUUCAUUUGCAAACUUUUCACAUCGACACGUUUCAUAUAUGAUUUGUUCAUGACUAAA